GCUGCACAAAGUAGGGCAGUUUAUCAUAUAUAUUUUCGGGAGAUGAAGGAUAUGGAGGAUGCGGGGGUUAGGAGGUCUCCGUCUUUGAUAUAAGUACAGCCUUAUGACUACGAUUAAAGAUAUUAGAGCGCAUACCCAGGUCAGCCGAACCCAUAGUCUAUUUUUGUUUGCUAACGCUCUCCUAGUCUACUAUUCAUAUCUAUCUUGAUUACCACAACUGAUUUCGUCUUAAGCCGCCCUUUCACACGACCUCGCAGCUCUGGACAACGAAUUCGAGCUACCCAAAGCUUUUGGUGGCCAGCUACCAUCACGACCGAGAUGGAGCUGUUCAACAUUGAGGCCGAUAUGGCCUCUCUCUUUCAUGAUAUGAAUGACGAAGAUCUUCGUUCCUUUGCGGAGUUGCAAAAAGAUGCCACGAAAGAUACAGAAAUUGAACUGUACAUCUAUACCUGCUUCCUCGUCUUCAAGAAGUCACUCUCGACGGAAUACCUAGACCGAGCGGCUCAACGAGCAGAGAGAUGGGUCGCCGUUACGCCCACAGACCACCCUGAUUGUAUCCGGCGAUCUCGCAUCUUCGACAUGAUGUCAGCCUGGAUACACCAGCAUAGCUCCAUCCUAGAAGGCAUCAUGCUCACGCUUCCAGGAGUUACCCAAAGAAUGGGCGAAGAGCCAGGAGUUGACGAAAUCGGCAUCCAAAUACGCCAUUUAAAUAAUCAAGCGACAAGACUAACGAAGAGUUACCAGCAAACCGGCCGCCUCCAAGAUCUAAAUGAAGCCAUUAGGAUUAUGGAACAGGUAUUGGAGCUUGGAGGAGCAUAUAUUGAACCUGGCAUGUUAAGCAACCUUGGGGUAAUGCUUGGCAGGCGAUUCGAGCGGACCGGCUCGAUAGACGACCUCAAUCGUGCUGUUAAUAUUGCCACAAUGGCAGUAGAUGCCACACCUCAAGACCACCCCGACCGAGCUGGCUGGUUGAAUAACCUUGGAAACCGGCUUGGCAGGCGAUUCGAGCGGACCGGCUCGAUAGACGACCUCAAUCGUGCUGUUGAUAUUGCCACAAUGGCAGUAGAUGCCACACCUCAAGACCACCCCGACCGAGCUGGCUGGUUGAAUAACCUUGGAACCUGGCUUGGCAUGCGAUUCGAGCGGACCGGCUCGAUAGACGACCUCAAUCGUGCUGUUGAUAUUGCCACAAUGGCAGUAGAUGCCACACCUCAAGACCACCCCGACCGAGCUGGCCGGUUGAAUAACCUUGGAACCUGGCUUGGCAGGCGAUUCGAGCGGACCGGCUCGAUAGACGACCUCAAUCGUGCUGUUGAUAUUGCCACAAUGGCAGUAGAUGCCACACCUCAAGACCACCCCGACCGAGCUGGCUCGUUGACUAACCUUGGAACCUGGCUUGGCAUGCGAUUCGAGCGGACCGGCUCGAUAGACGACCUCAAUCGUGCUGUUGAUAUUGCCACAAUGGCAGUAGAUGCCACACCUCAAGACCACCCCGACCGAGCUGGCCGGUUGAAUAACCUUGGAACCUGGCUUGGCAGGCGAUUCGAGCGGACCGGCUCGAUAGACGACCUCAAUCGUGCUGUUGAUAUUGCCACAAUGGCAGUAGAUGCCACACCUCAAGACCACCCCGACCGAGCUGGCUGGUUGAAUAACCUUGGAACCUGGCUUGGCACGCGAUUCGAGCGGACCGGCUCGAUAGACGACCUCAAUCGUGCUGUUGAUAUUGCCACAAUGGCAGUAGAUGCCACACCUCAAGACCACCCCGACCGAGCUGCCUGCUUGAAUAACCUUGGAACCUGGCUUGGCAGGCGAUUCAAGCGGACCGGCUCGAUAGACGACCUCAAUCGUGCUGUUGAUAUUGCCACAAUGGCAGUAGAUGCCACACCUCAAGACCACCCCGACCGAGCUGGCCGGUUGAAUAACCUUGGAAACCGGCUUGGCAGGCGAUUCGAGCGGACCGGCUCGAUAGACGACCUCAAUCGUGCUGUUGAUAUUGCCACAAUGGCAGUAGAUGUCACACCUCAAGACCACCCCGACCGAGCUGGCUGGUUGAAUAACCUUGGAAACCGGCUUGGCAGGCGAUUCGAGCGGACCGGCUCGAUAGACGACCUCAAUCGUGCUGUUGAUAUUGCCACAAUGGCAGUAGAUGCCACACCUCAAGACCACCCCGACCGAGCUGGCCGGUUGAAUAACCUUGGAACCUGGCUUGGCAGGCGAUUCGAGCGGACCGGCUCGAUAGACGACCUCAAUCGUGCUGUUGAUAUUGCCACAAUGGCAGUAGAUGCCACACCUCAAGACCACCCCGACCGAGCUGGCCGGUUGAAUAACCUUGGAACCUGGCUUGGCAGGCGAUUCGAGCGGACCGGCUCGAUAGACGACCUCAAUCGUGCUGUUGAUAUUGCCACAAUGGCAGUAGAUGCCACACCUCAAGACCACCCCGACCGAGCUGGCUGGUUGAAUAACCUUGGAACCUGGCUUGGCAUGCGAUUCGAGCGGACCGGCUCGAUAGACGACCUCAAUCGUGCUGUUGAUAUUGCCACAAUGGCAGUAGAUGCCACACCUCAAGACCACCCCGACCGAGCUGGCUGGUUGAAUAACCUUGGAACCUGGCUUGGCAGGCGAUUCGAGCGGACCGGCUCGAUAGACGACCUCAAUCGUGCUGUUGAUAUUGCCACAAUGGCAGUAGAUGCCACACCUCAAGACCACCCCGACCGAGCUGGCUCGUUGAAUAACCUUGGAAACCGGCUUGGCAGGCGAUUCGAGCGGACCGGCUCGAUAGACGACCUCAAUCGUGCUGUUAAUAUUGCCACAAUGGCAGUAGAUGCCACACCUCAAGACCACCCCGACCGAGCUGGCUGGUUGAAUAACCUUGGAACCCGGCUUGGCAGGCGAUUCGAGCGGACCGGCUCGAUAGACGACCUCAAUCGUGCUGUUGAUAUUGCCACAAUGGCAGUAGAUGCCACACCUCAAGACCACCCCGACCGAGCUGGCUGGUUGAAUAACCUUGGAAACCUGCUUGGCAGGCGAUUCGAGCGGACCGGCUCGAUAGACGACCUCAAUCGUGCUGUUGAUAUUGCCACAAUGGCAGUAGAUGCCACACCUCAAGACCACCCCGACCGAGCUGGCCGGUUGAAUAGCCUUGGAAACCAGCUUGGCAUGCGAUUCGAGCGGACCGGCUCGAUAGACGACCUCAAUCGUGCUGUUGAUAUUGCCACAAUGGCAGUAGAUGCCACACCUCAAGACCACCCCGACCGAGCUGCCUGCUUGAAUAACCUUGGAAACCGGCUUGGCACGCGAUUCGAGCGGACCGGCUCGAUAGACGACCUUAAUCAUAGGCUUUGGUCGUACAAAGAAGGCUGGUCUUGUUAUACCGCCCCGCCAUCUAUCCGCAUUCGACUUGCUCGGGCUGCUGCCGAUAUUUUUGCAUCGCAACGAGAGUGGGAUGAAUCAAGCCAGCUGCUAGAGGAAGCCGUGAGGCUUCUCCCGAAAGUGAGCCCGCGGUCUCUAAACCAUACCGACAAGCAGCACAUGCUUGCUGAGUCCGCUGGCCUCGCUUCAAUGGCAGCCGCCACUGCUCUAAAUGCCGGGAAGGCAGCCUCUCAUGCUUUGCAGCUUCUCGAACUCGGACGCGGCAUCAUUGCAGGUCUGCUAAUGGAUAUGCGCGGAGAUAUUUCUGACCUUAAGCGCGAGUAUCCGGGUUUGGCGGAUGAAUUCAUAUCCCUCAGGGACGAGUUAGACUCGCCAUCGGACCGGUCAAUUCCUACUAUCUCCAACGAUAGCAUGUCUUCAUGGGAGUCACAAGCAAAACGGCGUCUUGAAGCAGACCACAAAUUUGGCGAGCUUAUCGCAACAAUUCAUACUCAGCCUGGAUUUGAACGCUUUCUUCUUCCACCGGCUAAAGAUGAGAUAAUAGCCGCGGCGGAUCCAGAUCCUAUCAUCGUCAUCAACUUAAGUCCGUAUCGUUGUGAUGCGUUCCUUGUUGAGAAAAACCAAAUUACGGCGCUGGGAUUACCUGAUCUAGUAAUAAAAGAGGUCCUGAAACAGGUCCAGAGUCUUCGACUCUCUCGCGCCACUAGCUCUUUCCAUAUUGCACCUCUAUUGAAAUGGCUAUGGAAUACCGCCGCUCGUCCCAGCCUAAACGCUCUUGGAUUUAAAGACCCUGUCUCUGAUGACAAGUGGCGCCGCGUGUGGUGGAUUCCUACAGGACUCCUCAGUCAGUUGCCCCUUCACGCAGCAGGACUACACGUACGAGGUUCUACCGAGACUGUACUGGAUAGAGUCAUAUCGUCGUACGCCUCGUCGAUUAGGGCGUUGAUCUACGGACGGCGACAGCCUAUUCGAGAGUCCGCUGGACCAUUCAGCGACUAUGCUCUCCUGGUUGCCAUGCGCGAAACACCAGGCCUGGCGGCAAAUCGAAUCCUCCCUUUUGCUGGAGACGAAGUCAAGAUGCUAAAGAAUCUCUGUCGGCCGCUUAAAUUAUGGUCGCUCACACCGAUCAUGCGCAAGGACAAUGUGCUCCAACACCUUCACACGUGCAAGAUCUUCCACUUUGCCGGCCAUGGACAGACGGACCCGGCGGAGCCUUCACGAAGCUGCCUGCUCCUCGAGGACUGGGAAACCAACCCGCUCUCAGUUGGAGACCUCCGCGACCAUAGACUCCAGGAGAACGGGCCGUUUCUUGGAUAUCUCUCGGCUUGCUCGACCGGAUCCAACGAAGUGGUGCAGCUUGCCGACGAGGGAAUCCAUCUUGUCAGUGCUUUCCAGCUCGCAGGCUUCCGGCACGUGGUCGGAACGCUCUGGGAAGUGUCAGACAAGCACUGCGUUGAUGUAGCAAGGGUGCUCUAUGAGACGCUGCGGGAUGAAGGGAUGACGGAUAUAGCGGUCUGCCGGGGACUCCAUCGGGCGGUUCGUGCGCUACGUAGCGGGGGGGUUAAGGAUGAAAAGGAGAAAGAUGAAAAUGAAAAGAAUGAAAAGGCGAGAGAUGCUACGCUGGUGUCUUCCGGGUCGCAGCAAGGGGUGUUGGUUUGCGCAAUUGAGGACGGUGGGGUUGGCUUGUGCGUGGGGCUGGCCAAUCUGGUCGGCAAAAGGCGCAAGGGUUUGGACGACGACUUGCGGUACGGCUGGUCAAGCAGGGAGGAAGCAGAGAUCGCGCGAGUACGCACGUGCAAGUAG